AUGCCUACCCGCCUUUUAAUUUCACCAGCAUUCAUCAUUCUUCCUUCACUGUUGAUUCAGUCUUUUGGCCUAGAAUACAUUGUGGGAGACUCCUUUUGGUCCAUCCCCACAACCAAUGACUUCUAUACUAACUGGUCUUCUUCCCACUUUUUCCAGACAGGAGACACUCUUUAUUUUGACUUUGAUUCAGGGCUUCAUAAUGUGAUGGAAGUGUCAAGAAGAGAGUACGAGAGUUGCAGUGCAGACAAUCCCUUUAAGGUUUUAUGGGAUGGCCCAGCAAGUGUUGCAUUGAUGGAGGAAGGCCAAAAGCUUAGUGUUGCCGUCCAUAGUGAGAAAAAUUCCCCACAUUCUGCGCCAACUUCAUCUCAAAGACCGCCAAAGUCUUCCCAGCCUUCACCGGAUGCAUCUAAAAUGCCACCACCUGCUAUGACACCAUAUUCAUCUCAGGCGCCUACAAGUAUGACGGAUUUGUCUGUCUCAUUAGUCACGGUGAAAAGUGCUGGCGAUCAAUGUUGCAAUGAUGCAAUAAGGGGACCAUAUUCUCCACAGCGAGAGGAUGUUCCAGGGGAGAUGGCAUUGUCCUGCAAGCAAAUUGAGCAGCCUGAAGCUGUGCUGGCACCUUCAGGAUUCUUAGCUUGA